AUAUUUACAAUUUUUAUCUUGUUGUCUCGUGUUUUGUUUGUCAUUUAUUGAAAUUGAAAUAAUUUACAUAUCCCUUCAAAAUUGUUACAUACUUAAUAAAUACUAAAAUUACACAAUGCACCGAAACAAAUAUGCAACCUCUGAAGAUUUAUGAAUUUCAAAAAUACGAUAAACUUGUUCUACUUUAAAAUUUCUGCUGUUUUCACCAUUUCACCAUAUUCAUUUAAACGAUUUUAGUUACUGAAUUUUAAAGAUGUCCAAGAAAAACAUUGAAGACAUUGAUUUAUAUGCUAUACUUGAUAUUCAAAUUACCGCAACAGAAGCUGAGAUCAAAAAGGCUUACAGAAAGAAAGCUUUACAAUGCCAUCCUGAUAAGAACCCAGAUGAUCCCAAAGCAGCUGAGACAUUUCAUGAAUUAUCUCAUGCUCUAGAAAUACUAACAGAUGUACAGGCUAGAGCUGCUUAUGAUAAAGUUUUAAAAGCUAAAGCAGCAGCUAAGUUAAGACAUCAACAAUUAGAUAGUAAGAGACAAAAACUUAAAGAAGAUCUUGAAAGACGUGAAAAGGAGGCAGUAUCUGGUGCUGGUGCAAAUAAUUUAACAGAUGAACAAAAACUUGCAGCUGAAAUAGAGAGAUUACGGAAAGAAGGCAGUAGACUUCUACAAGAAGAGCAAAAACGGGUUAAAGAAGAAAUAGAGAAAAAUAAAGGACAACAACCAGUUUGGGAUUCGUCUUUGAAUAGAAUAAAAAUCAAAUGGAAAGUGGACAACAAUGAUCAAAAUAACGGAGGUUAUGAUGAAAACCUAUUAAGACGAUUUUUAAAGAAAUAUGGUACUAUUGUAGCUAUAAUUAUGUCUCCUAAAAAGAAAGGAAGUGCAUUAGUUGAAUUUGCUACAAAGGAGGCAUCAGAAAUGGCUGUUGAAUUAGAGAAAGGUUUAGCAGAUAAUCCACUUACAUUCAAAUGGUUAAAUGAGAAACCUAUUGUAUCAAAAGAAAAAAAUAUUGGAGGACCAUCACUAAUAUCAGAUAGAGAUUAUGAAUCGCUAGUUUUAACAAAAAUGAGACAAGCUGCUGAAAGACAAAGAUUAAUAGAAGAAAUGAUGAACGAAGACAAAUAAUCUUAAUUAUUAAUACAUAAUAUUUAUAAUA